UAACUUUAAGCAAUCACAAUCUGAACCGGCUUACUUGCUUGAUGCUCCAGUUUUGGAAUUUUAUGAUGAGCUGUCAAAAGUAUAUACAUUAAUUGUAGUACUUGAUAAAUAAAUUGACAAAAAUGGAUGCAACAGCAAAAUAUAAAAACAAUGUCAAAGCGCCGUCUCUUUAUAAGAGACCGAUGUGGUUUGCACGGAUGUCUCCGGAAAAGCAAGAUACACUUUUAAAAAUGUUGAUUCUCUCCAUUGCAUCCGUGUUAUCAUUUUCAAAUCGUCUGUAUUCUGUCAUUAGAUUUGAGAGUGUUAUUCAUGAAUUCGAUCCGUACUUCAACUACCGAACAACUAAAUACUUAACUGAAAAUGGUUUUUAUAAUUUUCAUAAUUGGUUCGAUGAUAGAGCUUGGUAUCCUCUGGGGAGGAUCAUAGGUGGUACCAUCUAUCCAGGUCUCAUGAUGACAUCUGCAGUGAUACACCAUGUUCUUCAGCUCUUGAAUAUAACUGUUGACAUUCGUAAUGUCUGUGUUUUUUUGGCUCCAUUGUUUUCAAGCUUUACCACUAUCAUUACUUACCUUCUUACCAAAGAACUGUCUGAUGCAGGAUCUGGUUUGAUAGCUGCUGCUAUGAUAUCAAUUGUUCCUGGUUAUAUUUCAAGGUCAGUAGCUGGUUCAUAUGAUAAUGAAGGUAUAGCAAUUUUCUGCAUGCUUCUGACAUACUACCUUUGGAUAAAAGCCGUUAAAACCGGUUCUGUGUAUACAUCUGCUAUGUGCAGUGUGGCUUACUUCUAUAUGGUUUCAUCUUGGGGUGGUUAUGUGUUCUUAAUAAAUUUAAUUCCAUUACAUGUUUUGGUGCUAAUGGUCACAGGUCGCUUCUCCCAUCGAGUCUAUAUAGCAUAUAGUGUCUUGUAUUGUUUAGGCACUUUACUAUCAAUGCAGAUAUCUUUUGUGGGUUUCCAACCUGUACAAUCAAGUGAACAUAUGGCUGCUUUGGGUGUAUUUGGCUUAUGUCAACUUCAUGCAUUUGCUGAUUAUAUAAGAUCUCGUUUGAAACGUGAAGAUGCUGAACUUUUAUUUAAAGCUACUUUUACACUAUGUGCUGUAAUUGUAGUUAUUGUUGGUGCUGUGCUGACUGCUACUGGUAAAAUUUCCCCAUGGACUGGUCGAUUUUACUCCCUUCUUGAUCCUUCUUAUGCCAAAAAUAACAUUCCUAUCAUAGCUUCUGUUUCUGAACAUCAGCCUACAUCAUGGUCCAGUUUUUACUUUGAUCUCCAGUUAUUAGUCUUCCUAUUUCCUGUUGGACUUUAUUACUGUUUCACUAAACUGACGGAUGUUAAUAUUUUCAUAAUUCUGUAUGGCAUCACCAGCAUUUACUUUGCUGGUGUCAUGGUUCGGUUGAUGCUGGUUUUAGCUCCGGUAAUGUGCAUCUUAUCUGGAAUUGGUGUUUCCUCUAUUCUUACUACUUACUGUAAGCAAAUUGAUGUUCCUCAACCAGAAAAAAAAUUGAAACGUCACGACAAUACAUAUUUCAAGCGAAAAGAAGUUUCGGUUUCAUUUAUUUGCAUGAUGCUCGUUUUUCUAUAUUCCUAUGUCAGACAUUGUACAUGGGUAACUACGGAAGCAUAUUCAUCUCCAUCUAUAGUUCUUGCUGCUCGAAGCCACGAUGGAUCCAGAAUUAUAUUUGAUGAUUUCCGUGAGGCUUAUUACUGGCUACGUCACAAUACACCUGAAGAUGCAAAGGUUAUGUCCUGGUGGGAUUAUGGGUAUCAAAUCACAGCCAUGGCAAAUCGCACUAUAUUAGUUGAUAAUAACACCUGGAACAACACUCAUAUAUCUAGAGUUGGUCAAGCUAUGGCUUCCACUGAAGAUAAAGCCUAUGAAAUCAUGAGAGAACUGGAUGUCAACUACGUUCUUGUAAUUUUCGGCGGUUUGACCGGUUAUUCAUCAGAUGAUAUAAAUAAGUUCUUGUGGAUGGUUAGAAUUGGUGGUAGUACAGAACGUGGUAAACACAUUAAAGAAAAUGAUUAUUAUACAAAAUCUGGAGAGUUUAGAGUGGAUAAAGAAGGAUCCAAAACACUUCUCGAAUGCUUGAUGUACAAGUUAUGCUACUAUCGAUUUGGUUCUGUGUAUACAGAAGCUGGUAAACCUCCCGGCUAUGAUCGUGUACGAAAUGCUGAAAUAGGUAAUAAAGAUUUUGAGUUGGAUGUUUUGGAAGAAGUUUAUACCACUGAACAUUGGCUUGUUAGAAUUUAUAAAGUCAAAGAUCUGCCAAACAGAGGAACAUGAGAUUUAUUUGACUUUAUUUCAUUUUUUCAAUUUCAAUACUUAAAUCCAUCUGUGAACAAAUUUUGGGGAAAUUAUUAUAAUUUUUUUUCUUAUUUUCAUACUUAAUUUUCUUAUUUUCAUACUUAAUUAAAUUAACUGACUUGGUAUUGUUAUGGUUUGUUAAGUUAAUAUCAAUAUUCUUUAUGUACAUCUUAGUAAAUUAAUAUUUUUGUGACUUCACUGAUUUUUAAAACAGUGUUAUUAAGACAUUGUAAUAAGCUGGUGUUUUCCAGUAUGUUAACUGUUUGUAAAACAGAUUGAUGUGUCUUCUGCAACUUGCACAAAUUGCUUGAAACCACUGUGUUCAUGAAACAUGGGUGUUAUAUCUUUGUUUUAUUUGCUUUUUUUACACAGUAUUGUGUAAAUUAUAUUGUCAACAAUUUAAAAUAGACUAUCAGCAGAAGAUUAUGUGUCUUUUGAAAUAACUCUUACCAUUAAUUUACGUAUUUUUAUUAUUUUUUAAGCUAUUAUCUACUUAAAUAUAAGACUUUAUUGAGUUUAUUGUUAUAUGAAUAAGUUAUUUUAUGUUAACUUGACAAACUAAUGCUAUGGAGAUGUUUAAUGAUAUUAUAGAUAUAUAAUUAAUCAUUUCUCUCUAAAAAAAAAUUUAACUGAGUUUUAUAAAGUAUUCUCAGAAAAUUUUUCUAGCUGUACCACUAUGAAAAACUGCUAUGAUUUCAACAAAAAAAACUUUUUUCAAAUGCACAGUAAAUAGGCAGAAAAAUGCAGUGUAUUGAUAAGCAAUAGUACCAAAUUUUGCGUGUUAUAAUUUUCAGUGCGUUAUUGGAAAUCAUAGCAUAAAAAUUUUAGUAACAUUUGGUUUGUAGUUCUUAAACAGAUGGCAAAAAUUUCCAUAUUGGUACCUGCAUCAGAAUGGUCCCCAAAAUUUUAGCAAUUGCAUGCAAUAACUAAAAGAACAUCUCAGAAUAGGACUAAAUUGGAGGUUUAACUGGUAGCCUUUUCCAGCAGACCACUUAUUUAAUUUUUAAAAUCUAUUUUAAAUGCAGGGCACUUAGUAAAUUGUAAAUUUCAAUUGGCUUAAACAUUUCUUGAUAUGGAAAUAUCCUCAACAUUUGUAACAAAAAGGCAUUAUAAGUAAAAAGCACUCUAUACAAAAAAUUAAAAAAAGUAUGAUUUAUUUUAAUUUACAGCAAAAAUUAUUUUGGUACUUGAAAUAUUUUGAAAUAAAAAGUUAAGAUAAUAGUUUUAAACAUUGUUAAUAAUUAAAUGUAUCUACUUCAUUAAUGUUAUACAUUAUUUUACGUAAGUUAGAAUUUGUUGCAAUAUUGUUUAUAUAUUUCUGAUAUUUUUGAAGAAAAAAAAAUUUGGAAUUUAAUUAACAAUACCUUGGACCAAUUAUUACUUAAUAUUUGUAAUUAAGCAGAUGUAUUUUUUAAAUGUGACAUGUUUCUUGAAAAGCAUGAAAGUAAUAUUGUUAUGAAAAGAGAAAUAAAAAUUUCUUUAUCCA